AGCUGGAGGUGGCUUGAGGUCACUGUGAGCCAUGGCGGGAAACUCGCGAAAGACUUCGAAGAACUUUAAAGGAAGGGGUUCAAAGCGGCCGAGUGACGGGCCACUUUUCUUCGAAGAACACACGUCCGAGAUCACAGUCCGUUCUCGCAAAGGUCGCUCCAUCACCUCCGUGAGCAUCGUAGACGAAGAUGAAGAAUACAAGAGUGGCCUGUCAUUUUGCAAGCUUGCCAAGCAGUCUGGGCUCACGCUGUACUCGGGGAAAAAGUCCAACGUUCUCACUGUGGAUCAAACAAAGUUCAACAAGGACUUUAUUCAACACAUGAAAGCUCGACCUGACUACCCCCAGGUUGUGGAGAACCUCAUAACCGAAAUCAAGGACUACCUUGAAGACGAUGAUAGAAUGAAGCUUGCACUCACUCCUACCAACCUGACUGGCAGUGGCGGAAGAAUGGUGCGGCAGGACAGCAUCUUCCGCCUCUUGCUUCGAGUUCCGCCACUUCAGCGGAAGCUCAGCGAGUACCUCCUGGAGAAAAUGGUUGAGACUGUUGUUACAGACGACACGCCUGACAACACUUACCACGUCCAAGUUCUGAACCAGUUCAGGUGGCUCGACGGCUUGGUUGGUACCAAGGAGUUUGCAGACAAGGUCUUCGAAGUGCUUCCGGUCGUCCCCUUGCAUGUUCGCAAGGACGUGGUGUCGGCGUUGCCAGACAUCCUCGAGGACUCGGAGCAUGUCAAUGCUGCGCUUAAACUGGGAACGCUGCUUACGGAGGACAAGGAACUGAGCUUGACCAUUCUGGAGACUCUGAGUAACCUCAACGUUGAUGCCGACAUGGUGUCUGAGAUUCGGAGCACCGUGAUGGGGACCUUGAAGUCAGCCGAGCUCUCCCAACUGCCCAUGAUCGUCCGGUUCGUCCUCAGCAGCGUGUCCUCUCAGGAGGCACUGCAGGUUGUGUCUCAGCUCCGAGCCAACCUGGACUUCCGAACCAUCCUUCCGGCCGCACUUUCUUCAACCCAGAAGACCUUCAGCAUGGAAAACGACUACGAACUCCUGACCAUGACCGAGAUCAAGAAUGCGGUUCAGCUACAGCUGUUUCUGGGGGACGCCUGGGCUAAGGCCGUGGAGCGCGUCAAGGUGGCAGCAGACCACAAGCCCCUGGACCUGCUCUUCCUCCUGCUGCUGCACAAUGUAUCGCCGAAACCGAAGACAGUCGAGGCCCUGCUUCGAGGGAAGGUUCGCUGCGGGCAGUUCACGCCGGCUUUGCUCGAUGCCACCUUCGCCACUCAUGCUCAGGUGGUGACGUCGUACAGUUCCACCGUGCUGCACCUGGCCCAAGUGCUCCUCUGGAGUCCCGAGCCCCAGGUGCUCAAGUUUGGUGCUCAUCUCUACCAGCACAUGUUUGUCUGCUUCGAGGGAAGCACCCGACAGGAGGCCGUGGUGAACCUGGUGACUCAUGUCGGAAGCGGGGUGCAAGCGCAGAUGAACGCCGCGCUCGACUGCCUCGUCGACCUUGCCCACCGGCAUACUGUGCUAAUGGCACCUUUUGGCGCUUUCUUCAAGGGGAUGCUGGAUUUUCUGCGCAACCUGUCCCUGUGCCAGAUUCGAACGCUCUUCUUAGUGAUUGCGCUCAUUGCCUACCAGGGUGGCCAACAAGGUGCCAUGUUUCAGGAUGAACUGCACAUGAUGAUACGUAAAAUGCUGACCCGGUUCUGUCCCAAGUCAAAAAGGAUAGGUGUUGUCGGAGCCCUGAUGACAGUCAAGGCCAUGGCAGCAUCCAAGCCAGAGGACAGCCUCGACCAAUCAGCAUCAGUAUCAUCCGCGACGACUCCCCCCGAAACGGUGAAAGAGGCAAUCGAACUUCUUGAGCUGGUUCGCUCUUCCACGUCGUCGUCUCCGCGCGCCCUUGCCCUCUUCUACGACGAGCUCAGUCGGAUCGUCAUCCGCGGUGGGCUUGACAGCCGCAUCGAGACAUGGAUUGGAGACACCAUCAUAACAGACUUCCAGGACGACUACGUCGUCGACGUCACGCGGGGCGAAAAGGAACCGAGGGAGCCGUUCCAGCAAGAACUGCUCUUCAGCCUGGACGAUCUGCCAGACGGCGCCAUUGCGCUGAAUCUGUGUCCCCUCCUGCUGAAGGAGAAAAACGAAGUCAAGGGAAAACGAAAGCACAUCUCCCUGCUGACGCUGAGCCCGCUGUUCCGUUUGCUUCGUAUCACCGAGCAAAUGCUCAACGGGGAAACCCUGGAAGGCAUCGACGCUCUCCUGGGAUGCCCCGUGCGGAUGCCCGCAUCGAGCGUCUGCGAUUCUUUCCACAGCCUGAGCACGGAACACCGUCAAGUCGUGGUGGCGUCUGCGUUUCACUGCGUCAACUGGUUCAGAGAGCUUGUGAACGGCUUCUGUGGCCUUCGGAGCGAAGACCCAAGGGCGAAGGUUAUUGACAGAAUUCGUCGGAUCGUCGAGCUUCAGAAGGGCCUCGAGAAAUGGCUCCAGGGUGUCCCGGGAUACAUCCCUCCCCUCUCGGUGUUUGACACCGAGGACGAGGACACCAAGCCGCCUUCGGUGUCACAGCCGCCUGCCAAAAGGGGGCGCAAGGGAAAGAAACGCAAAGUGAUGUCGGACGACGACGACUCGGAUGACGAGGCCGGUCCUUCGAAAAAGGCGACGUCCCCCGCGGAAGCUGAAGAUGACGCAGACAGUUCUGGCGAGGAUCUGGACUCUGAGGUCGGAAAGGGCAGUGCGACCUCUGCGUCUUGGAGGCCCUUCCUGCGGGAGCUGGACCUGGACGUGUUCGAGGUCCUCGGCGUCGGACUGGAGUGCGGAGAAACUGAGGCACCGUCGUCAAAGCUGACGACUUCGGAGCUUCUCUUUUUGCUCGACGACCUCUGGAGGAAGUUGGACCGUGCUCUGCCCUCAAGUGCUCCCAAGCGCUUCUCUGCAUUCAAGGCCAAGGGAUCGCGGGACAUUGGAUUCUCAAACCUCUCGCUCUACCCCGAGUCCGACGUCGCAAAGUUUGCCGUGGGCAUCGUGCCCCAUCUCUGCUCGCUUCUGGAAGAUGCCAGCGCCUACUUCCAGCACGUGAUCUCUCAAAACGACGGGAUGGUGGACGCUGCCGGCAUGUUCACCGUGGGAGCCAAGGAAAUUGCUUCCUGCAUGACGCUGCUGCUGUCCUGCUUCAACUCCUUGUUCUCGUGGAACGGUUUUGAAACCGCGGUCGGACGGGACCUACUGCGGGAGGCGUUCCGUUCCAUCUCUGGCCGAAUCGGAACGACGCAGCUCACGCAGGUCCACGUGUUCGAGUUGGGGAAACGCACGUUUUCGUACUUCGCCAAGUUUGCGGAGUCCGUGACAGAGCCGGACGGCGCCACGUCGCUCCUGCGUCUGCUCUGCACGGUGGCCGACCGGGCUGAACUGCGGGCAUCGGACGUGAGGGACGUCCGUGGCGUCGCCGACGGCUUCCUGCGCCGCGAUUGGCUGUGCCGCCCCACCCCCAACGCGGCCCCCCAGCGACCCCGCGGAAGCCAGUUCAACGAGUCCUUACAGUUCAUGCUCAGCACGUUCCUGUCCGAGUCGGAGUGCGUCCUGUCCAGCCUGCACGAGAUUGCGACGGACUGCCUCCCAAACGUCCUGGAAGACGGAACGUCGGAAGAGGCAGCGGGGGAACAGCCCAAGUCUUUUCCGACACUGGACAAAUCCACGCUGAACGCAUACUACAAAACCAUGUUUUCCAACCUGACGGAGGCCGUGAGGGACUUGUCCAUGAAAGUUCCCAGUGACCAAGAGGAAAAGCUGAAGCAUCUCGAGAAAUGGUCUCUGGCCAUUACAGUCUUUCAGAAGCUCGUCAGUGUUGUCAAGAAAUCCUCGGUGCGAAACAAUCUGUCCGUGUGCCUGAAGUUUGGACGCCAGUUCCUGGAAUCGUUCCUGCGCAACGGCAUGCCUUUGCUGGACUCGCUGUUCAAGUCGCAGCAUGGAGAUGUCCAGGGCCUUCUCAAGAACCUCCAGCAGAGCACGCGCUACCUGCAGCAUAUCUGCAGCCAUUCCAAGGUUGUGAAGGACGUCGGCCUCACCGGACAAGUUCCGGCGGUCCGCAAGACGUUGGAGCUCUUUGUGUUCCGCGUCAAGGCCAUGCUGACCAACAACCGUUGCCAGGAUGCAUUCUGGGUCGGCAACCUCAAGAACAGGGACCUCAAGGGAGCCGAGAUUCUGUCGCAAACCACAGCGGCGGAUUCCGUGGACGAAGCACAGUCCGAUGACGCCAGGAGUGGCCACGAAUCGGACGCCAGCAUCGUCAGCGGCAAAAGCACAGCAGACGACGGAACUGCCCAGGACGCCAGCGAGGACUACUGAAGUGGACUGAUUCCCGAUCCCCAGUAGUAAGCCAUUUUAUUAUU